AUGCGCAUACCCUCAAAUGACAGCAUCAGCACGUUGGAAGACCUCCAUCGUUUCCCCCUGGAGUCGUUACAUUCAUUUUCUUUUGCUCAGCAAUCCGACGAAUUACUCAACAGUCGUCAUAACAUUCUGAAACGAUCCAUAGAUUUUAUGCGUGACCGUUUCGGCUGGUCCGCCAGCAAUCCCGCCAUUGCCAACGCGCAGGCUCGCAUGGCUGGCGAUGCGGAGGCACAAAGUAUGAUAGACCGCAUGUCGAGAUCAAGUAUUGCGGGAAAGGAGGACAGGCACAAUUAUGCUGGUUUGUCCCGUGGCCCGUUGACGAGCCCCGCAGAUGUGGACAGCAGCAAUAUUUUUGAUCAAGCUUUCACUGGACCUGGAGGCGCCGCGACUGAGAUCAAGGCGACACGGCAAGGAAAUGACGCGAGCGGAGGGAAUCUUUUAUCCACUGGAAACAUACCUCACCAAAGAAGGGAGAUGAAGUCCGCACCUUCCUCCAGGCGCGUAAGCUUAAAACGUACAUACACGGAUGUCAGCUCUGUCUGCUCCCGGAACAAGCUGAUGGAGAAUCUAGCACAACCGUACUCUACCGUGGACUCUGUUACAUCCGCCGGCUCUUCGAUCUUGGGCUUUGGCUUCCCCGUUCCCGCCUUACAUACUCAUAGCAGCAAAUGGAAUCCCAUCUCACAAGCCGUCUUCAGGACCGAGUCGCAAGCGCCAUGGACGAUAUUGGCUGCCAAUGACCUGUCGUGUCUCGUAUUUGGUGUCACCCAAGCGGAGCUCCGCAGGCUGAGUAUCCUAGAGGUCGUACAAAGGGACCAUCGACAGUGGCUCGAAUCCAAAUUGCGAGACCCCACAACUAGCGCCGCAGCGAAGCUCCAGUCUUUGCCCGAGAGAUCACAAAUCAGACCGGUCCACCCGAAGUCUAUGGGGAUGGGCAAUGGUGUCACCGCACAACUCCUCAGUAAGCCGCCUUCUCGAAUGGUCAAAUCGGGGCGAGCCCAGACCGACGACGGGUACGGCUCCAGCCAACGCAACUCGAGGCAUCUGAAUCAUCCCGCUACAAAAUCGCGAGGCGUCCUGCUAUGUGGAGAUGUUAUACCUAUUCAGAAGCGUAAUGGAACGAAAGGUUCCGCCAGUGUCUGGGUUAUGGAGAAACGCGGGGGCCUUAUCUGGGUUCUCGAAGAAAUACAGGAAAAUGCCGCUUACAUCUCCUGCGACGACUCCUGGACCAUCACUGGUACCCGUGGGGAAACCGACAAGAUCUGGGGCCAGGGCGUGGUGAAGCUUGGAUCACAUAUCACAGACCUCCUCCCUCACUUGCCCAAGGAUUGCCUUAAGGCUCCGCCCAGCAAAGGUAUACCAAAACUUGCCGAAACAAAAUACUUUGCUGCCCGGGCUUCUGCUGAGAUCUGUAUCCCGGCUAUUGUUGGAAAGGAAGAAGAUCCACGCUGUCUCAGAGUAUCCAGUUUUCCUCAUGUUGCAGGCAUGAUGGUCCUAUCUUCGUCCACGUUAAAGGUGAUUAGUUCUAAUCCAGUGUUUUCAUCUGCCCUCUUCGGCCAUGAGCGGCCUGAUGGUAUGCAUGUCAACGACCUGAUACCUGGGUUUGACACCCUUCUCAAUGUGCUCAGCGAAGAGGAAAAUUUGCCCUUGGUGGAGGGAGUGGUGAUCUCUGAACCCAGCUUCCGAAGAGCACGGACACUUUCUAUCCUCCGCGACGGUAAGGCGAAUGUGGCUUCCGUGUUCUUGGAACCGAUGGGCAUCACUGCCGCCCAUCGUGAUGGAUCAACAAUUGCUGUGGAUGUUCAAUUGCGCGUUGUGGAAAGUGAGACUUUUUUCCGUCAAAACCACGGUGAGGGCAUAGAAAGACAUGACGAAUCAGGUGAUUACCAGGAAGAUGCAAUCGCCGUAAAGGAACUUGUGUAUGCUUUAUGGGUCACCUAUUCGAGAAAGAUCCAUUCCAUAGGGCCGUCGGCGAACUUUCCUCCCCCACGACAACGGUCCGAGACGGCAAGCCCGUCUAUUGCGCACUCUCUCGGCGCCGAAAAACCCUCGCUAGAGCCUCAGAUACCAUCUUCUACGUUAAGUCAGCAACUCAGUGAAGCAGCAUCGGAACCAUUGACAGAUCUACCUAUCCAACCUGUACCUGAAGUGAAGCAUACCAAUGCUAAGGAAAUUCAGAAGAAACGAACAAUUGCGGACUAUGUGAUUCUCGAGGAGAUGGGACAAGGCGCGUACGGUGAAGUCAAGCUCGCUCGCUUAAAGAAGAACCCAUCCAAGAAGGUCGUUCUGAAGUACGUCACAAAGAAGCGGAUUCUGGUGGACACCUGGACUCGCGACCGUCGGCUGGGAACAGUACCUCUGGAGAUUCACGUUCUCGACUACCUUCGGCGUGACGGCCUAAAGCACCCGAACAUUGUUGAGAUGGAGGGGUUCUUCGAAGAUGAUGUCAACUACUAUAUCGAAAUGAUGCCCCACGGUCUUCCGGGAAUGGAUCUUUUCGACUACAUCGAACUCAAGGUGAAUAUGGAUGAGGUUGAGUGCAGGAACAUCUUUCGACAGGUAGUGGAUGCCAUCCACCAUCUUCAUACGAAAGCGUUGGUUGUUCAUCGCGAUAUCAAAGACGAGAAUGUGAUUUUGGACGGCGAAGGCAGGAUCAAAAUCAUCGACUUUGGAAGCGCUGCCUAUAUCAAGAAUGGGCCUUUUGAUGUCUUUGUGGGGACAAUUGACUAUGCUGCCCCGGAAGUACUGCAAGGCAAGUCUUACAGAGGCAAAGAGCAGGAUAUUUGGGCCCUUGGUAUCCUUCUUUACACCAUCGUCUACAAAGAAAACCCAUUUUACAACAUCGAUGAGAUCCUGGACCACCCGCUCCGGAUACCAUUCUUGCCGUUCUCGGAGGAAUGCAUCGACCUGAUCAGAAAGAUGCUUGAUCGGGAUGUUGACAACCGCUUGACGAUCACGGAAGUUAUGGAGCAUCCAUGGAUGCUUGAUAACUGA